AUGUCAUCUAGCGAAUACCCUAUAGCUUUUCUAUACUUCCUAAGCUCACAGAGAAGCAAAGCAAGUUCAACAUUGUUCAGCUCAGCAUUCACUAUCACAGGGUAUGUAGAGUUAGGUCCCAGAAAUGCAUACCUGAGCCCCGCAGGGAGUGUUUUCAGCUCGAGCUUAGGUGCGACUCCAAGGGCUGUUGACGGGACUCUCCUGAGGUGGAGCCGAUCGAUCUGGCAUCUGCUUCGAUCGAUCCUCCUCGUCCUCCAAGCUCAUGAAAUCAUACUCUCCUUCAGCUUUAGUCAAAGCUACCUCCAGAGGGUCGUCAAGAAGCAUCUCCUCACUCACUUCGUCCACCAAGUUUGA